UAUACAUUUUUGUAUUGAAGAAAAGCAAAUAACACAAAAGCAAAAAUAGACAACAUAAAUUUGGAUAGAUUAGUAGAUUAUUUCAUCAGAAUUUAUUUGAUCUAGUAUUAAAUUUAGUGAUUCAAAAAAAUUUUUAAAUUAAAAUGUGGCAAAAUUUUUGUUUAAAAGGUGUCUAUAAAUAUGGCUCUUCAAAUUUUUUGACGAAUAAAGGGUACAUACAACCAUUUAGAACCUUCAAAAAAAUUAAUAGAAGUCGUGUAUCAACACCAGGUCCUCCUGCAGAAGCUAAAAAAGGGAGUUUAGUUCCAACGCCUUUUGAAGGAAUAAGAGCUGAAACUGGACCAAUACAUUCAUCUUCCAUAAAGAAAGCUACUGCUUUUACUAUAGCUUUUUCAGUUGGCUCGUUUUGCGGUGCCUCAAUUUGGGAAUAUGAAAAUAUACGAUCUCGAUUAGUAAAUAGAGCAAAAACAUUUAACUCUAUAUUUCGAAAUGGCCAAAGAAAAGUUCAAAAUUUUAAAAAUGAUUUUGAGUAUUGGUGGAAUAGUUUACCCAAAGGAGAUAGAGUAUUUGCACCAAUUUUAGUACUCAAUCUAAUAGUAUUUGGUUUGUGGAGAAUACCCAGAUACCAACCGAUGAUGGUUAAAUAUUUUUGUUCCAAUCCAGCUGCACGAGCUGUGUGUUGGCCUAUGAUUUUAUCUACUUUUAGUCACUAUUCUUUAUUUCAUAUAUUCGCCAAUAUGUAUGUAUUACAUAGCUUUUCAAAUAUAGCGGUUGCUUCAUUGGGCAAAGAACAAUUUUUAGGGCUUUAUUUAAGUGCUGGAGUAAUAUCCAGUUUAGCAAGUUACAUAUUUAAAGCUGCAUGCAAUCAACCUGGUUUGUCACUCGGAGCGUCUGGAGCUAUAAUGGCGAUUCUGUCCUUUGUAUGUUUUGAAUAUCCUGAUACUAGAUUAAGUAUACUUUUUAUUCCAAUGUACACGUUUUCAGCAGCAGCUGCAAUAAAAACAAUAAUAUGUUUUGAUUUAGCUGGAGUGUUAUUAAGAUGGAAAUUUUUCGAUCAUGCAGCACAUUUAGGGGGAGCAUUAUUUGGAAUGUUUUGGAGUUUUUAUGGCCGAAACGUAGUUUGGCCGAAGAGAGAACCUCUUGUUUGAGAAACGAGUACCUGUUGAUUGUUUAUCAUUUCACAUGGUCUUAUAAAACGUAAAAGAAUCAUGAAACUAAAAUAUUCAGUGUAACAGGAGUUUAAACUGAACAAAAUGUCGAAGGAUGUCGAAGGAACUGAGGAUGUCGAAGAAUCAGACAACAUUCAAAAGCAAAUUAUUGAUGAUUUCCUAAAAAGGAUUUAAGAUCCUUAUUGAAAGCAGGAUAAAUUAUUUGUUAUUACUAUUUUUUUUUUGUAUAUAAAUACAUACACAGUUUUACAU